AUGCGGUCCAGGCUGUGUCUCAUCCUCCUCCUGACUCUCCUUGGCAACUCGUGUGGAACAGGGCCAGGUAUGACUUUGCAACUGAAGCUAAAGAAGUCUUCUCUGGCAAACUUUUCAUAUGAUUCCAGUUUCCUGGAAUUGCUCAAAAAGCUCUGCCUCCUCCUCCAUCUGCCUUCAAGGACCAACAUCACCCUCCACCAUGCAGGAUCCCCACACCACAGCAUCUGCUAUGCCUGA